CAAAUACAAAAAGGGGAGAAUUGUUGGAGCAUUUGUGGAGGAGGAGGAGGAGGAGCAUCAACAGCAGCGGUGAUUCUUUAAGUUGUGAAAGCAUGGAAAGCUUGGUGUUUCGUGCACAAACUGCACAAAGGAAAGCGAGUGAAGGGAGGUGGCUUUUGGUUAAUCGAAGGCUUUUGGUUAAUCAAAGGAUUUCAGUUAAUCAAAGGCUUUCGGUUGAUCAAAUCAAGAAUGAAGCCAAAGAUUACCUCAAACAUUUGCUUGGCAUGGGAGUCAUCGGUCCAAUUUUUGCACCUCAGUAUGGAGUGUUAUUGUAUGGCAAUCGCCAACUGAAGUAUGCCUUCACCCGAAAAAUGAAGAGGUUCAUGUUGAAGAUAGGAAAGCUCCUGAACAGUCUAAUUGUCAAUCUGGAUUUUGAGGUAUUGCGUCUUGAAGAUUUGAGUGACGGUAAUCAUAACGUGAUUGCGUCUACCACCAUCGAAUUAAGAGAAGUUUGUGAAGAAUUUGAUGCUAUAGGGAUGGUAAACUGCUGCUCUGAGCUCUGGUCCGCCAUCCAAAUGGAAAGAGUAGAAAAGUGCCCGGACAUUUUACAGAGGCUUAGGGAUGAGGCAGACGUGCUGUUUCAGCAUCUUGAAGUUCUUAUUCAGUAUGAUGAGAAGAUUGUUGAAAAGGAAGAAAAGGAAGAAAGGGAAGAACAUGAGAAGAAGUUGUUUUCUUUUGCUGUUUUGGCCGGAGGAAUUUGUUUGUGUAUUGGGUAUUUGAUUGGCCAUAGGUUUGGACGAUUUUCGAAUCUUAUCUGAUGGAUGGAGGUUCAGGAGAAGGCGGCUGUGGUUGGAGGACGUAUAUGAUAUAGAAAAUCGGUUUUAAGUAGGUAAUAUUACUGGGUUUAGUAAUCUUAUUUACCACUAAUUAUGCUUUUAAAUUCUUUUUUUUUUCCCGGCAUGUAAAGACUAUAGAUUUUUUUUUUUAAUAUAUUGUAAUUAUUUAC